UCGUCCACGCCGUUCGUCGUCUCUCGAACCUCUGCUCCGUUCUACAUUUCCACUCUCCUCGAUCAACACCCUCGUCUCCUUCGUCUUCUACGCUCGCGAAAGAGCGAUCGAUCGAUCGAUUAAUUGAGGGAGAGAGAGAGAGAAAGAGAGACAGAGAGGGAGAGGGAGAGCGAGAUGUUUCUGCGGCGGAUUCUGAGCGGGGGGUUAGGGGGGAUGAUGAUGGCGAAGGUGAAGCAGACGACGGGGAUCGUAGGGUUAGAGGUGGUGCCCAACGCGCGGGAGGUGCUGAUCUCUCUCUACACGAAGACGCUCAAGGAGAUCCAAGCCGUUCCCGAGGACGAGGGCUAUCGCAAGGCCGUGGAGAGCUUCACGCGCCACCGCCUCCGCAUUUGCCAGGAAGAAGAGGAUUGGGAGCAGAUCGAGAAGCGCGUCGGCUGCGGACAAGUGGAGGAGCUCAUCGAAGAAGCCGAGGAUGAGCUCAAGCUCAUCGCAAAGAUGAUCGAGUGGGAUCCCUGGGGUGUUCCUGAGGAUUACCAAUGUGAGGUCAUUGAAGACGACGCCCCAAUCCCCAAACACGUCCCUCAGCACCGACCCGGCCCCCUUCCUGAGGAGUUCUAUAACACGCUCGAAGCAGCCACUACAAAACCAGCUCUUAAGGAUGAAUCUGCCCCUCAAUUGAAGGAGUAGAGUGUUUGGCUUCAACAAACGUUGUGACGUAUCGUAAAAACUUUUAAAUUAUGCGCCAUGGAUGUCCUUGCUCCCUUCUAGGACAGGAAAUAAUGUUUCAUAAAUACUAUUUUUGUUUAAAGAUCUUCUUGUCUGUUCCUGUAGCUCAUCAUCCAGUGCUGUGACAAAAUAUGUUUUUUUUAUUGCGGAAAAAAGAAGAUCUGCAGCUACUCUAUUGCGUUCUUCUUUUUCUUUUUUUUUUGCCCCUCUUGAUACUGUAUGAAAGAAUCGUGGUUAACGUCUGAGUGUAUCGCAUUGAAAAGGUUCUGCGGAGCAGGGGCUGUUCGAGUAGUUA